CAAGCUCCUGUCUUUCAUCUUCUUUGGCUUAAAGCUUUAAAUCUUUCAACAAAUACCAAAAAUGGUGGCUGUCAUUGAGAGAAUUUCUUGUUUCAGAUGGUGGUUGUCGUUGCUUGUUUUUUCUCGAUUACUGCUUUUUUGGAAGUUUAUUUGCAGGGAAGACUUGUCUUCCUUGUUGAAUGGUUCUUUUAGGGCUUUCAAGGUAGUCGCGGAAGAAGGAGAGCAAUUGUGAAGACGCAUGAGAACUGUUCUUGCGAAAGUUGGGGUAGAGAGAAACUCUGGUAGCGUACAUCAGGGGCGUACGUAGGAUCUUACUCAGGGUAGGCAAACCUAAGCAGGGCUUCUGGGUUACUAGUCCCAUUACUCAGUGAACCAAAAUGGAUGGAAACAAUCUCCUUCUCCCGGUAAUUACACUAUAUAUAUCUACAAAAGAUUUUAUCUGAAAAAAAGAAAAGCUAAACAUUACCAACUAUAAUCUCCUCCUUAUGCUUGUUAGGCCCUUCUAAUUAUGUUGUUGCUGUUCUUAUUGAAAUAUGAGAGAGAGAAAAUUGAAUCUUUUGGACGUAAAGAACUGGAAUAUAGUACAUUAAUGGUAGUUCUAACUCCAAGUCUUCUUGCAAUCCACUUGAGAACUCACCAACACCUUCCAUUAUACAGAUGCAUCAAUACCCAGGAGAGUAAUAUCAGAUGUGGAAUAGCAGACCCGUCAGGAGAACCAAGUACUCCAAUGAGACAGAAAACCAAAUACAAUGACGGGUUCUUCGAGAAGGCAUUCAUGACUCUGUUUGCCAGAAAAAUGGGGAAAUUUGGAGCAGAAAGUAAGGAGAAGGAGAAGGGGUUGCUUGAUUAUGACCAUGAAGUGUUUGUUGAUGUGUCUAAGAGAGUAACGAAGGGAAGUUCAUGAAAUAUUUCCACCAACAAAUUGGGCUGCUGAGUUCAAUGUUGCAUUGACAGGGCUUUUCUUCCACUUGUUGGUUGGUCCUUCUGAGGUAAAACUAUACUGAAUUGUCAUUUUGGUCGUAGAUCAUCAUAAUCUUCUGUGCCUUUUUGCAAUGGUGUACAUGAAUUUUCUCUUUCAUAAAAAAAGCCAUGUUUGUCUACAAAUAACUGAUUUAUAUUCAAUAUGAAGGGUUUACUGAAUUCUAGCCAAUAUAAUGGCUGAAUAGCUUUCAUUGAUGACUUCUAGUUCUAGAGUGAAAACUUAAAUUAAUGGUGCUAUUCGCAUUUUAAUUCAAACCCACUAUUUCGGGUAUAUGUUAUCGUCUUGAUAGACCAUAUGGUAUUUGCCAAAUCAUAUUUGUAUUGAAACUCUUUUUUGUGAAAGAGAUUUUAUAAGCUUCAAAUUGGUCAACGGUGGAUAAUGCACUAUCUCCACACUAUCGAAGUUGAAAGAAACUCUUAAGACCAUAGAAUAUAUAAUCAAAAAAUAUGAUAGGCUAUAGUUUUUAUUUGAAUCGGUAAACCCUUCAUAGUAAAUAUUAAUCAGUUAUUCCUAGAAGGUUUGGAUGCAUUGGUUGAAACUUGAAACUUCUCGAGUCUUCUUAUCUAAAUGGGUAAUAAGAAUUGGAAGUGUAAGUAUUGUAAUCCUAUCAGGGAAUCUAAUAUCUUUCAUGCUAUUUACUUUUCGUUACCAGACCUUGAAAAUCCAUUUGUUCUUGUUUAUACAAUUAUAUUUUUCAUCUGUGCGGCCCUUCCUGUUGCUCAGAUCAAGUAUGUCAAUACUAUGUUAUGUUAGGCCUGUCAACUUCAACAUAAGACAGAAAUUUGCUCGGUUUUGUUACUCCAUUUCCUUGUGAAGCAAGAUGGGAUCCAGUCCAUUGUCAUUUCAUAGACAUAUGCAUGUCCAAAGUUAAUCUUACAUUGCAAGUUGAAACGUAAGAUUUUCUGCUUUA